GCGGACGAAAUCGAUGAUUGUAACCUAGAUGAACCUAAAUUUAAACGCCCCAGAAUUAAUUCAGAAUCACUGAAAACGGGGGAAACUAGAGAUGCUGGCCAGUCAGAUAAAGGUGAAGUUGAAAAACAAGGAAACUGCGAUCAAAGAAACGAGACCGAUGGAAAACUUCGAAGUGAAAUUGUUACUGGCGUAAAGCACGUGCUUCAUGAAAACCCAGAAGAGACUGACGAAAUGAAGGCAAAUAUAGAGCAAGGGAAAGAUUCAUCGAUUGAGGAAGCAUCUGAAGAUGACCCUGAUAUCUUAAGAAAUACUUGUGCUUCGGAAAAGGACGUAGGAAUUUUAGAAUUCGUGUCCAACUUACCCGGAUUUCACGGAGUCCUGAAACAGAGAUACACGGAUUUCAUCGUCAGAGAGAGGGACCUUCUGGGAAAUCUUGUGCGACUAUCAGAUACAUCUUUACCUCGGAAAGAAAAGAACAAAGACUUUGGACUUGAUGUUUUAAGUGAAGAAGAGAAAGAGAAAAUUCAGCAAGUUAUUGAUGAUAAGGAGAAGAAAACCCUUGCGACUUUAUCUCCUGAUGACGACAAAGACCAUAGAAGAUUGGUUCACAGAACCAUUAGAGAAAACUUUGCUUUUUUAGAUAGCGACACAGUUGAUGUGGGAAACCAAAAGGCGGUCAGAGUAUUUCAUAAGCGUGAUUCUAGUGGCAGGCAAAGAAACAGCCGAUGGCCUUCAGAAAUUGAGAAUUAUUGCUGGUUUGUUCUUUACAAAGAAAACAAAGACACCAUGGAUGCAAUCAAUUUGUUGAGCAAACUUCUCAGAAUCAAGGCAGGUAUUUUUGGUUACGCUGGAACCAAAGAUCGUAGGGCAGUUACCACACAGCAGGUGUCUGUGUACAGAGUCAGGGCUGAACAGUUGCAGGAAUUAAACUCAAGUCUUCGCAACUUGUGUCUUGGCAACUUCCAGUAUUGCAAAGAGCCUCUUAAACUUGGCUCUUUAUCAGGGAAUCAUUUUAUUAUCACUCUCAGGAAUGUUGUUGGGGAUCACAGAGAGAUAGAAGAAAGUCUAAAAUCACUUAAAAUCAAUGGUUUUAUAAAUUACUUUGGAUUGCAAAGAUUUGGAACAACCUCAGUCCCAACACAUAAAAUAGGCUGUGCAUUGCUUCUCAGUAACUGGUCUGAGGCUAUUGAUCUUCUUCUUAAUCCACGUUCUGGUGAGUCCGAUGACCUCACAGCUGCUCGACAACACUGGAAAGACACCCAUGAUGCUAAGGAGACUCUGAAAAAACUUCCCAAAAGAAAGGGUAUUGAGAGUGAUCUUUUACUUGGCCUUGUGAGGCAUGGACCUUCAGGUUUGGUGAAAGCCUUGCAGUCCAUCUCCAGGAACACUAGACUCAUGUAUGUCCAUGCAUAUCAAAGCUAUGUAUGGAACUACGUAGCAUCAAAGCGUAUUAAGGAACACGGAAUGAAGCCAAUCAUUGGCGACCUGGUUGUGGCUUCAAAAUCAGCGGCAUCAUGUUCUUUAGACACAGGCACUUCAGGGCCGCAAGACACCGUUGAAUUUAUUUCCGAGCCAAGCAGGACAUCGGUUACCGUUCUUACCAGGGAUUUGCUGGAAACAGGUCAGUUCACAAUCCAUGACGUUGUUCUUCCACUUCCUGGAUACGACGUUGUUUACCCUGACAACAGCUUGAAAGAUGAGUACAGAAAAAUAAUGGCCAACGAUGGACUGGACAUUGACAACAUGAGGCAUAAAGUGAAGGAUUACUCUCUGUCAGGCGCUUAUCGGAAAUUACUCGUCAAGCCGAGCCUAAUGAGCUGGCGCUGGUUGCGUUACAAUGACGUCAAACAACCGUUGGUUGUAACCGACAAGGAAGCUCUUUCUGGUGCCCUGGAGCCUGAGUCAGUUCCAGACGGAAAGUACUGGGCGCUGCAAUUGGAAUUUACACUACCUACCUCAACUUACGCUACAAUGGCCUUGCGUGAAGUUCUGAGGAGUGAUACGUCAUCUGCUUAUCAGUCUACUCUUAACCAGGAAUGAGGCUCGAAUGCACAGAUUUAAAAAGCUUUAAACUUCAGAGACACAAAAGGGCCUUUGCUACGUGAGUACCAACCACAGAUUUGGUCCGGCGUGUGUUAGCUCUGAAAAUGUGAUUAACUUUUGUAUCAUUUCUUUGUCUGACCUAUGAUGAAAUUUAAAACUAGGACACAUACGUUGAUCACUCUUGAAGAUCAUAAGGUGAAUAUUUCUGUAAGACGGCCUUGUAGAAGGAAAAGACGGUUUAGAUUUUCCCUCCUAUAGACUGCGGAAGAAUAUCUUAUGUUAGAUCAACUUUCAAAUUGGCGUUUUUUUGGCCAUGUACUUGUAUCAAUAAAGUGAAGUGGCUUUUACAA